UUCGACUACCAACACGAAAUGGCGUCGUGCAUAGAUCCAUCACACUCUCGUAGGAAGAAGAGUCUGACCCCACCUCUUUCUAUGUCUGAGACGCUGAACUUGGUUGUGUGUGGGAGUGAUGGAGCAGUGAAAGCCUCCAUAUCAGAUUUCAUACUGGGUCAGAGAGAGCUCAGUACAGAGUCCAGCUCAGUGUGUGUGAGGAGGGAGGGAGAAGUGUGUGGACGUCUGGUCACUCUGGUGGAGAUGCCAGCUCUCUACAACACUCAGCUCUCAGAGGAGGAAGUGAUGCAGGAGACUCUCCGCUGUGUCUCCCUCUGUGAUCCUGGAGUUCAUGCUUUUCUCCUUAUGGUUCAUGAAGGUCCCCUCACUGAUGAAGACAAAGGAGAAAUGGAGAAGAUCCAGAGGAUCUUUGGCUCCAGAGUCAAAAAACACACUAUAUUACAUUUCACUACCCAGUCUCAACAGACAGUAGAGUUAAGUGAAGCCAGUCAAUUUAUAACUGAAACCUACAAAGAACAGAUUUGUGUUUUGGAUACCAGUGACAUUUCAGUGCUUUUACAACAAAUUGAUCGGGUGGUGGCACAAAACAAUGGGAGCUUCUACACAACAACAAUGUAUCUGGAAGCACAAGUGGAAACACAGCUGAGAUACAAGACUGAGAUUGAAGAGCUGAAGAAUACAAUCAGUUAUCUCAGAAAACAAAUUAAGAUUCAGGCACAAGAAACUGCUCCAGGUAGAGGAGAUCUAAGAAUUGUGCUGCUGGGGAAAACUGGAGUUGGGAAGAGCGCUUCAGGGAAUACCAUCUUGGAUAAAGAAGUUUUCAGGGAGCUACUGUCUUCUCUAUCAGUUACCAGUAUAUGUCAGAAAGAAUCAGCUGAAAUUGGACAGAGAUGGAUCACUGUGAUUGACACUCCAGGACUUUGUGACACAAAUAUUCCUGAGAUACAGGUCAGGAAGGAAAUCACCAAGUGCAUCACCAUGGCAACUCCAGGUCCACAUGUCUUUCUACUGGUUCUUUCUCUGGGACGCUUCACACAAGAGGAGAAAGAAGCAGUGAAGAUAAUCCAAGAACUGUUUGGUGAAGAAUCCAGGAGAUACACCAUGGUGCUGUUCACCAGAGGAGAUGAUCUGAGAAACACAUGCAUUAAAGAAUUUAUACAUUCUGACAACAGACUUCAAAAUAUAAUUCACCAGUGUGGUGACAGAUAUCACGUGUUCAGUAACAGAAAAACUGAAGACCGCAGUCAGGUCACUGAUCUACUGGAGAAGAUUGACUCCAUGGUGGCAGUGAAUGGAGGGAGCUGCUACACUAAUGAGAUGUUCCAGCAGGUAGAAGAAGCUCUACAAGAAGAACAGGAGAGAAUAUUGAAGGAGAAAGACGAUGCAAUAGAGAGAAAGAAAGAAGAACUAAAAGCUAAACAUGAAGCUGAAAUGGAGAAAUUGAAGAGAAUCAUGCAGGAGGAAAGGAGAAAUCUGGCAAGUGAGAGGAGAGAAAAGGAAACUGAGUUUUUAAAGAGAGAGGCAGAAAUAAAGAUGGAGACAAAUGAGGAGCUCAAAAAAGAAGUGGACAAAGAACUUGGAGAACAGCAAGAAGCUUUUAAUAAGGAGAUGGAAAGAAGAGAACAGGACCAUGAAAAACAGAUGCAUAAACACUUGGAGUACCUAAAAGAACAGUAUGAGAGGGAAAUGGAAAACAUUAGGAAGAAGGGGGAGGAAAAGGCAAGGCAGAAAGCAGAGGAGGAGUUCUGUUCUAAACUGGAGGAAGAGGUGGCCAAAGCCAGAGAAGAGGGCAAGAAAGAGGGCUAUGAGGAGGCGAGGAGAGAUGCUGAGCCCAAACAAUCACAUGCAGGGAGACUAUCACAUGUAUUACGCAAAAAGGCAGGUCCUGUAGGAGGAGCAGUUGGAGGAGCUUUUGGUAGUUUACUAGAUUGGAUAGGUGUAGAUUAGAUUAUGCUGUGACAUAAGCAUUACACUCUUUCUCUUUAUCUUUCUCUCUCUCUCUCUCUCUCUCUCUCUCUCUCUCUCUCUCUCUCUCU